AUGCCUCUGGAAGCUCGCGUGAAGUCAGUUCUAUCUGGCGACACUGUUGUCCUUUCGCAUGUUACCAACCCUGGACAAGAGCGUGUUUUGAGUCUUGCAUACGUCUCAGCGCCGAGACUGCGAAGAGAAGGAGAUGAGGCUUAUGCCUUCCAAUCCCGCGAAUUCCUCCGCGAGCUACUUGUCGGCAAGGUGGUCCAGUUCCAGACUCUGUAUACCGUCCCCACCUCGCAGCGCGAAUAUGGCAAGAUCAAACUCCCUAGCUUCGAGGUGACACUGCCGGAGAUCAGCGUCCAGGAAGGAUGGAGCCGUGUCCGCGAGGAAGCCGGCAAGCGAAGUGACGACACAGAAGAGACCGUUGCCAUGCUCGAGCGCCUCCGGGCACUGGAGGAUCACGCCAGAACCGAAGGCAAGGGCGUUUGGGCCGCUACCGAGAGUGGCCGCAUCGACACCAGCUACGAGCUCGCCGACGGCAAAGCUCUGGUGGAGGAAUGGAAGGACAAGCACCUUGAGGGUAUCGUUGAAAGAGUCUUGACCGGAGACCGUCUCGUUCUCAGACUGCUUCUCGCCGAUGACGAACACCUGCAGGUUGUCGUUGCGGUUGGCGGCAUCCGCGCUCCUGCAACCAAGCGGGUUGGUGCUGACGGAAAGGAGCAGCCUGCCGAGCCCUACGGCGAGGAGGCCCAACAGUUUGCUGAAUCCAGAAUCCUGCAGCGCAAGGUCCAGGUCACCCUGCUGGGCGUCACCCCACAGGGCCAGCUGAUUGCUACCGUUCUGCAUCCCAACGGAAACAUCGCCAAGUUCCUGCUGGAAGCUGGCCUUGCCCGCUGCCACGAUCACCACUCGCCUAUCCUUGGCGCUGAGAUGGCCGCCUUCCGCCGUGCUGAGAAGGUCGCUAGAGAUGGUCGCAAGGGUCUGUUUACCAAUGUCGCGUCCAAGGGUCCUGCUGGCGGGGCCGAGCUGGAUGUCAUUGUUAGCCGUGUGCUCAACGCAGACACCAUCUUCAUUCGGAAUAAGGCCGGCCAGGAGAAGAAGAUCAGCUUGGCCAGUAUCCGUCAGCCCAAGCCGUCCGCCCCUGAACAAGCACCUUUCGGAGCUGAUGCGAAGGAGUUCCUGCGCAAGAAGCUCAUUGGAAAGCACGUCAAGGUCACCAUCAAUGGCAAGAAACCUGCUACGGAAGGGUUCGAAGAGCGGGAAGUCGCUACUGUGAUCCAAGGAAACACUAAUGUGGCCCUCGCCCUGGUGGAAGCGGGUUAUGCUUCAGUUAUCCGCCACCGACAGGACGACACGGACCGGUCUCCCGACUACGACGACCUGUUGAUCGCCGAAGCCGAAGCUCAAAAGGACGGCAAGGGCAUGUGGUCAUCUAAGCCUCCUAAGACCAAGCAGUACCAAGAUUAUUCAGAAAGUCUUCAAAAGGCCAAGAUGGAGGUGUCGAUCCUCCAGCGCCAAAAGCGGGUGCCAGCUGUUGUGGACUUUGUCAAGUCCGCAUCUCGAUUCACAGUGCUCGUCCCUCGCGAGAAUGCCAAGUUGACAUUAGUCCUCUCUGGAAUUCGUGCUCCUCGAUCCGCCCGUAACCCUGGUGAGGCUUCCGAGCCCUUCGGUCAGGAGGCACACGACCUGGCGAACAGACGUUGCAUGCAGCGUGAUGUUGAGAUCGAUGUUGAGACUAUUGACAAGGUCGGUGGAUUCAUCGGCACUCUAUACGUGAACAAGGAGAACUUCACCAAGGUUCUUCUCGAAGAAGGGUUCGCUACUGUGCAUGCCUACUCCGCCGAGCAGUCCGGCCACGCUACGGAAUAUUAUGCCGCUGAACAACGGGCGAAAGAAGCCCGCAAGGGGUUGUGGCAUGACUGGGAUCCUAGCAAGGAAGCCGAGGAAGCUGAAGACGAGGUUGUCAGCAGCAGUGCUCCUGAGAAUGAUACCGCUCCACGUCGCAAGGAUUACCGUGACGUGAUGGUCACCUAUGUUGACCCCGCUACCGCUCGCGUUAAGCUUCAGCAGAUCGGUACCGGCACCUCGGCACUCACAGAGCUGAUGAGCGCGUUCCGCUCAUUCCACCUCAACAAGUCAAACGAUACACCACUCCCCGGACCUCCCAAGGCUGGCGACUUCGUUGCUGCCAAGUUCACUGAAGACGGCGAAUGGUACCGUGCCAAGGUUCGCCGCAACGACCGCGAGAAGCAGCAGGCGGAGGUUGUCUACAUCGACUUUGGUAACUCCGAAGUCCUCCCUUGGUCUCGUCUGCGACCUCUCAGCCAGCCCCAGUUCUCCGUCCAGAAACUCCGUCCCCAGGCUGCCGAUGCUGUCCUUUCACUCCUCCAAUUCCCCGUCUCCGCCGACUAUCUCGCAGACGCAGUCUCUUUCCUCGAAGAGCAGACAUAUAGCCGUGAACUUGUUGCCAAUGUGGACUUUGUCUCAACCGAGGGAACGCUACACGUUACCCUGCUUGACCCGUCUGAGUCAAAGAACCUUGAUCAGAGUAUCAACGCUGAGAUCGUCCGAGAGGGAUUGGCUAUGGUUCCUAAGAAGCUAAAGGCAUGGGAGCGCGCUGCUGGCGAGACUCUCUCGAACCUGCGCACUCUGGAAGAUGAGGCUAAGCAUGAGCGUCGGGGAAUGUGGGAAUAUGGCGAUCUCACUGAGGAUUAA